AUGCCUCCCAAAACGCGGACGGUGUUAGUCAAGUUGGUCUCAACUGCUGGUACCGGGUUUUUCUACACGACCACGAAAGUUAGGACGGCCGAACGGAAGAUCGCCCGGAUGAAAUACGACCCGCGAGUUAAAGACUGUCAAGUGCUCGGGACAACGAACUCAGAGGGGGUGAAUCUCGGAUUCUUUGACUCUAGAGCAAUCCUGCCGGCCAUUCUCUUCGCUCAAAUCAUCUUCUCACUUUCGCUAAACGACUGGGUAUUAGCAGCUUACGACAAUCGCUUCUACCCGGAAAUAUGUCCAAUCAAUCAUUCUUAUCUCCCAAAAGACCGGCACCAAGAGCCCGAACCGACCGAUAGGUACAUGCCCUUGACAUCAAGAAGAAACAAAUUCACCUGUAAUAGUGAACGUGCCGGCGUGGAUGAUCAGCUAUUUUUUGCCAGCAUACUCCAAGAAAACAAGAGGCGAAACCCUCUUGAUAAGCUCUCCAACAGCACUGCCCAACCUAAUGACGAAUUUUUGCUUAAGUAUCAAACUGCAGGGUCUAUCCACUCGUUUGAAGAAACCAUAGCCAUUCCUCAAAGUCAAACCAAAGAUCUUAAGCCAAUGUGA